CAACAGAGAGACAGAUCCACCCCAAACACUGUUAACAUAAAAAAGUCUCAGAGACAAACAGGGAAAGAGUCUGAAGGCAGGAGAAAAAAAUGGGACAGGGCCAGAAAGGUUCCUCAGACAAGAAGCAGAGCCAGAAGAAUAGAGAUGUCAGCCCAGCACAAGAGGACAGUAAAAGAUGCAGAGUCUGUCGUUUCCCUCUGCUCGUCGCCCUGUUGCAGCUGCUGCUAGGGGUGGCUGUCACAGCCGUUGCCUUCCUCAUGUUGGCCAUCAGCCACUCACUCACAGCCAGGGAGACUCCACACUGGGCUGGGAUCAUUCUUUGUUUAGUUUCCAUCGUUGGGUUCUUCCUCUACUGCAUCACCUACCAGCCAGAUGAGCGAACAUCUACGCAGUUCAUUGUCAGGCUCCUGUAUUUUGUCCUGUGCACCACGGGCCUGGUCAUUUCAGUGCUGGUUGUGGCGUUUGCUGGACACCACCACUCCCAGGCUAGCAGCUUCAUCUGCCGGCAAGCUGAAGAGGACUGCGAGUGUGUGCUGGAUCUUAGUGACCCGAUAGCUCGCACCUUUAACUACAAGGAGGUCAGCGACUGCGAGGCGAUUACCAGCACGCUCACCUUUUACUACUUGCUCCAGAUCCUGCUGAACCUAGCCCAGGCGGUGGUCUGUGCAAUCGGAGCCUUCAUCAUGUGGAAGCAUCGCUAUCAAGUCUUCUUUGCUGGGAUACAGAUCAGCUCUCCCUCCACCCACCAGUGGCAAAACGUUUAACGUGUUAGGGACAACUCUGGUCGGCAAGAGUACAACAAAGGUCAUAAUUUCUUCAAGACCGGGGCCUUUUGGUUGUGUGCCUUAGUGUGUUCUUCCUAUCAGCUACAGACAGGUGACAAAUUAUAGGAAAAGUACUGCUCAAGAGAGUCUUAAACCUAUUUUUUAGGACUUUCAAUGUUACUGUUCUGCUGCAUUUUCACUGAGGUACUUGGUAGAUAAGGAAAAAACAAGUCUGCUGACACGUGCUGUUCCUCUUCAACAGUGUGCUGUUGAAGUGUUAAAGCUGCUCCUGUUCAGCAACAGCUUAAAAGCAUCAAAACUAGGAGGUCUUAUGCAACCACUGUGCAGUGCACCUACAAAAUCUGUUAACAUCCAACUGUUUGCUUCACAUUUCCAGGAAACAGGGGAUGCAAUGUGACCUCAGCUGAUUGAAGCUGCAUGAAUCACUGAGUUUCAGUGGUGUUUGCAAUCCUAAGUCAGUAUUCCUCCAGUGCAACCGGAUGUUAACAGAAGUUGUGAUGGAAAAUAAAAUGAGUUGACAAACAAAAAGGACAAAUGAAAACAAAUUGAAUAUUCAACUAAUCAGAAAGUAUCAACCCAAAAGAUCAGGGGAGUCUUUAGAGAAAACUGCUCCUCUAACAGAGAUGUUUCCUGGAUUGUUUUUUUUCUUUUUUGAUUCCUGCAAAAAAGUUUCAGUAUGGAUGAGAAUAUCACAGUUCUCCACAAAACAAGUGGUUUCCUUUAUUGUUUCGUUUACUUUAUGAUUGUGGCAGAGAUCAUUAAUUAAAACACAAGUUGAAAAACCUUCACAGAUAUGAUUCAUAUUAUGUCUACCAGAUCAAUGAGUGUCCCCCUUUAUGCUUAGACUGGUGUAGGCAUCCAUCCAGGAAGAUGACUCUUCCUCUGUGUCAAAGUAUUACAACACCGGACUGAGUUGAUUCGCCAGAACAGUUUUGUUCUGAGCAAUCAUCAGAUUUUCUCUCUGUAUGCAAAUAUUUUUCUUUAAUUUGCCAUCCUUCUGUAGUUGAACAUAUUGUGGUGCUUUUAUAAUCCAAGCAUUUUACACAAAACUUUGUACAUGCAGUUUCCAGUGCUGCCGAAUAUAGAUGUUAAGCACUCAAAAAGAUCAAAAUCACUUUUUAUUGUUUUACAUGAGUUUUGCUUUGUUUCCAAAUAUGCUGACAUUUUCUGUUGUGUACACCCACUGCCAUCCCAGACACAUCGCUGAAACCAGUAUUUGUUUUGAAAACACCGACACUGCAUGAUUUCUUCGGCUUUCUUGUAGCAGGGGUUUACUGAUCAGAAUUAGGCGCUUCAGUGAUCCUUUUGGUCUGUGUUCAAGUUUUCAUUGACAUCACGGAUGCAAAUUAUUUGAUGAAUAUGAUUUGUUAAGAUUUCGCUUCAGUAACUUUCUUUAGGCAAAACCAUGAAUUGUGUUCACAGUGUUUGAAUUAUACUUUCUCAACCUUUAAAAAAACAUUUCCACAAAAUAAAAUGGUCAAAUAUUAACAAAG